AUGCUUCCCAGCCUGACAUGGGUAAGCCGCUCGCCUUUCGUCUCUGUUCUUUUUCUUUUCUUGCUGAUUCUUGGUCUCGGCUUCGUCUCAUCCCCUCCUUGGUGCCCAGAUCGUCCACCGGCGGACCAGGAGGACAUAGACGCCAUCAUCGAGGACUUCGCCAAGGACGCCGCGGCAGAAGCCGAGAAGGUCGCUGCCAAAGAGUCCGUCAAGGGUGCUGCGGAGGACACCGCCAAGGGGCCUACCGGGGAGUCCGACAAGGCUACUACCGAGGAGGCCGGCAAGGGGCCUGCCGGAGACUCCGGCAAGGCCGCCGCCGAGGAGGAGGUCGUCGACGAGCCGGGCACUGGUGGCGACGGCUCUCAGGAGGAGCGGCUCCUCCAGGCCAUGGGUGCCAGCUUCCGGAAGCUCCAGGUGCUCCACCGCGCCCUCCUGGACAAGGCGAAGUCCAGGAUGGCGGUGGCGGAGAAGGCGGAGGCGGACCUCAAGGCACGUGUCGCCGAGACGCAGACCUGGUUCCGCCAAGCCUGUGAAGAGAUGAAGACCGCCCAGGAUGAGCUGGCCAAGCGCGAGGCCGACUCAUCCUUCUGGACCAAGAAGUUGCCAGAGAAACCAAAGAAAACCCGGACAAAGAAUAAGGCCACCAAAAGGAUGAAGCGGAGGCCAGCUAUGCAGAUGAUGCAGAGUGGUAUGGCCAAGCCUAGCAAGAAGGCAAAACUGAACAAGCCGGCUGAAGACUCCAACCCUUCUGAGCCGAAAAAACAAUUACCAGAAGCCUCUCAUCCAACUGCUGAAGCCACUAUCGAUGACCCGCCGCCAAAAGAAAAUGAAGUCACCAUAGAUCAUAUGGAUGUCGAGCCGGCCAUUGCUAAACCGCCAAGCCCAGUUAAGCCUGCUGAAGAGAAAAAUGACGAUGUCGUCGUCACCGGAUUUGGUUACACAGCACCGGGUAACCCCACUGUCUUAUCCAAACACAGCGCCAAGGAAGAAAUUUCUGCUGAUGAUAAAGGCAAGUGGAAGGCUGAACUGAUUGAAAAGGAUUCGCAGCUCAAUGAUCUGAAGGCCAACAUUAAAGCUCAGCAAUCUGAGACAUCCAAGGCCAAGUCAGAACUGAAGACUGCUUUAGAAAACAUUGAGCAGCUUAAGAAAAACUUCAACACUGAUAAGAACGGUUCUCGGAGCACCAAGUUGGGCUCAGAUAUGCGCAUCCGGCUUAAAGCUGUCUACACUCUUGUAGAAUAG